AUGGCUCUUGAACAAGCUCUUUGGCGUCAACUAAAGCUUCAUACCACCAAAGGCUUGAGUUUCCUUUGGGUAGAGGACCGCCGGAUGCUGAUCAUCGACUCCGCCGGUGUCCAGUCACCGGUCUCCUACCGCGCGCAGGCAGUCGACUCGAUUUGGGAUGCCCGAAACACCGAGACGCUGGUCCUGGAGAUGAUCUCCCGCGUCGCUCAUCACAUGAUCUUUGUGGUAAGUGACACGACGUGGUUUGAGCAACAGAAAAUCGCCGAGUUGCACCAGAAGUACGUGCAGCGCAGGCAGCACCGGGAGCUGAUUGUCGUUCACAACUUGAGCACUACCUCCCAAGUGGAAGAUGCACGUGCCCUGUUUGAGCGGCAGGUCACGGGGUGCUAUGAUGGCAUUCUGUCACACCUGGGCGACCUGAUCUUCACGGCCGAUGCUGGCGAAGGGACGCCUCCGGUCCAUCACAUUGGGCUGUGCCAGGAGUUUUCUGCAGCUGGCGAUAAGUUCAACAGCAAGAACAGGGAGUAUCUCUUGCAAAGCCUGGAGCAUGGCAGCAUCCUGGGUUCGCACUUGGCCUUGGGAGAGGCCUUCAGCACAGAGUUGUCUAAGCUGAUGCCGAAGUUCGCCAGCAUCGAAGCAGGCGUGCCCGAAGUGGCCGCUGGCGUGUCCGGCCUCCGACGCAAGCGAUCUCUGUGA